AUGAGAUCUCAAGGUGUUGAAGAUAACAAAGGGUGGCUUGGACCAGCGACUCCGGAGAUUUCAAACGGAAAUGGAACCAUCGGCUUUGAGUUUCAGAAAGGUGCGAACCGGACACCUAACCAUCACCGGUCAACCAUGGGAAAACCGGCGCCGUCAAAAUGGGACGACGCUCAGAAAUGGCUCUCCGGCGUGGGGUUUACUCGUGGCGGCGGCGGAGGAGGAGGGGAGAAGGGUCACCACUCGAGGAGUUGUAAACCGAGAAACUCAAACGCCGAUGAUCUUAGACUCAUAGCUUCGGCUUCGCAGAGAGAAAGAGAAGGAGAAGAUCAGUACGUGGAGUACGACGAGGACGAGACGGCGGCGGGAAGGCCGGAGGUAGAGACCAAGAACGUAGACUUUGGAGAGUCUGGUGGUUCGGUUUGGAGGAAAGAGAGUAUUAAUCCGACGGCUGUGAUUCGAUCGGUUUGUGUGAGGGAUAUGGGGACUGAAAUGACUCCGAUCGGUAGCCAAGAGCCUUCUAGAACAGCUACGCCGGUUCGAGCCACGACGCCGGUGGCCAGAAGCCCUGUGACGUCACCUGUGAGGGCAACGCACGGUGUGGAGGCAGUGAGGACGGCAACGGAGACGGUAACCGUGACGGAGGCUAUAAGCAUAGCGAGUCGUAAUAAUGUGCAGAGUAGCUUUGGGGAUAGUAAGAAGGCAAUGAAUGCUAUGGAAGCUCGAGCCAUGGCUUGGGACGAAGCGGAACGCGCUAAAUUCAUGGCUAGGUACAAGAGAGAGGAAGUGAAGAUUCAGGCUUGGGAGAAUCAUGAGAAGAGAAAGGCGGAGAUGGAGAUGAAAAAAAUGGAGGUGAAGGCAGAGAGGAUGAAAGCGAGGGCGGAGGAGAAGCUGGCCAACAAGCUAGCGGCGACAAAAAGGAUAGCGGAAGAGAGGAGGGCAAACGCGGAGGCGAAGCUGAAUGAGAAGGCAGUGAGAACAUCGGAGAGAGCUGAUUAUAUAAGGAGAAGCGGUCACUUGCCUUCUUCUUUUUCCUUUAAGCUUCCUUCUCUCUGUUGGUAG